AUGGUGAUGCUUGAGAUCUGCGGCAUUCCUGUGGAGUUCCCAUUCCCGCCAUACGAUUCACAGCUAAUUUACAUGGAGAAGGUGAUGCUAUCACUCACAUCCAAGCAGAAUGCUAUUCUGGAAAGUCCUACAGGCACUGGCAAGACAUUAUGUCUUCUGUGCGCAACGUUAGCAUGGCGUCGACAACAACAGGCGGUCCUAGGCACAAAUAAUACUACUUCAUUAGGAGCCAGACGUUCUGGAGGCUCAUCUUUGGUCUACGAAGGCGAUGACAGCGACAGUGACGUACCACAGCUUCCGAGAAUUAUUUAUUCAUCACGUACUCAUUCCCAGCUAAAACAGGUGGUUCAGGAGCUCAAGAAUACGUCAUACCGUCCCAAUGUUGCAGUACUUGGCUCUCGAGAGCAUUUGUGUGUGCAUGAGAAGGUGUCCAAGCUCCAAGGCACGAAACAAAACCUUGCAUGUCGCUCGACUUGCAAAGAUAGAAGAUGCAUGUACAAAUUGGGCGUUGACUCUUAUGUCAAACGGUUAAAGAAACAAGCACAGCCAAUUUUGGACAUUGAAGAACUUGUAAUAACGAUGAAGGAAAAGACGAUUUGCCCGUUUUUUCUGACGAGGAGUAUGCUGCCUGAAGCAGAGAUUAUUUUUGUGCCGUACAACUAUCUUAUUGACCCUUUGGCACGGCGCUCAAUUGGUAUAUCUAUCGAAAACUCGAUUUUGAUUUUUGACGAAGCACACAAUGUGGAAUCGAUUGCAAGUGAAGCGGCGUCGUAUACUCUCUCGUCGAACGACAUUUCGGGUUGUAUUGCAGAAGUUGACACGUUUAUCAGAGGAUUAUCGAACAAAAGUAUACAGCUGGACGCGGGAAGUAAUCUGACGAUGGAGUCGACCCAAACGCUGCGAGCUCUAUUGAUGGAAAUUGACAAAGGACUGAAUAAUUUUCCGCUAUCUUCGAGUGGAGGGUUCACAAAGCCGGGAGAAUACAUUUUUGAAUUCUUCGAGCAAUUCAAUGUAAACUUCGAAACAUGCCCGCUUGUCCUAAGCAUGAUUGAGGAAAUUGUUGAAGUGGCACAAGGUGGAAACGACUCCCAAAGAGCUGUAUCAAAACUCGAUACGAUGCUUUCCUUCCUGGGCACAAUCUUUCGGAGUAAAGAACAGCACUUGACGUCAGCGAAAUACUAUAGAGUCCACAUCCAAGAAAUGAGAGAAAGGCCUGUAAGUACUGGCUUCCUGUUCAACGCUGAUCGAAAACAAAAGAAAACAACCCGCGUGUUCAACUAUUGGUGCUUCCAUCCUGGUGUAGCGUUUCGCGAAAUCUGCACCAACAAUGUCCACAAUGUCAUUUUGACCAGUGGAACACUUUCACCGUUGAAUACAACGAUCAAAGAGCUCGGCAUUGAUUUUCCGGUGCAACUAGAGAACAACCACGUGGUCGACGCUGACCAAGUCUGGGUGGGUGUCGUGGGCACAGGCGUGACUGGCAAGCGAUUGAAUUCCAGCUACAAUUUCCGGUCCACCGAAACAUAUCUAUUGGAACUGGGCAACACAAUUGUGAAUUUUACUCGACUAGUCCCGCACGGCCUGCUUGUAUUCUUCCCUUCCUACUCGAUUUUAGAAGAGAGCAUCGAUAAAUGGCGAAAGCCUACCGCGGGCGAGUCGUCUAUGUCAAUUUGGGACCGAAUGGUCCAGCAUAAACAACCAUUUGUGGAACCUCGAGGUCGGGCGGAAUUUAAGGCAGUGGUAGACGAAUACCACCAAACUAUCAUCGACAAUCCUAAGGGCGCAGUGUUUUUUGCCGUGUGUAGAGGAAAGGUGAGUGAAGGCAUUGACUUUUCGAAUGAUAAAGGUCGUGCAGUGGUCAUCACUGGCUUACCUUUCCCGCCUACAAAAGACCCGAAAAUUGUGUUGAAAAAGAGCAUUUUGGACUCAGCAGUAGUGCCACCUGGGGAACUGAAAUUGACGGGAAACGCGUGGUACAUUCAACAAGCUUCGCGAGCAGUAAACCAAGCCAUCGGUCGUGUCAUUCGUCACCGCCACGAUUACGGGGCUAUUAUACUAUUGGAUGAGAGGUUUGCAUUGAAACAACAGCAAGAGUGUCUGUCAAAGUGGUUGCAACCCUAUUGCCACGUCUGCAGAGGAUACGGUGAAGCACAUAUUGGCCUCACUCGUUUCUUCAAGAACAACAAAGCAAGAGCAGUACAUGAGUCGUCUGUGAAGAAGAUCUCUCAACAGCCAAAAUCGAUCGGGUUGUCUAAGAGAGCAAUGUCAAAAGUUUCUAAGCCAUUGUCCGAUAGCGAAGGUGGUCGAACGAGUCUGCCGACAAUUGCAUCACAACUAUCCAAUUCUCAACCUGCAAUUGGCGUCGGACAAUCAUAUGUAAAUCCACAACUUCUUCGACACCCACCACAUUCGGAGACAACAGAACCCAGCACGCGUGCUGUUCCAGCUUCUGCACAAACUAGACCAGUUUCUUAUCAGAAACGUUCACUAGGGUCGCUGUUAACUUCCACAUCCAAAUCAGCAAUGGUAGACAUGACGUCGUCAAUUUCGCGCCCAUUUACGGUGCCAAAGACAGCAAAUGGUGGAAGCUCUGCUGGUAGCGUUAUUGUUGUAGAUGACGACGAUGCGCAGUCGUGGCAAAAUGCGAAGCAACAGUUUGUGGUAAAAAUGGAGCCUAACGCUGCUGUUUCAAAAGCAGAGGGAGUUUGCGUGAGAUUGUCCGCAGCCGAGUUUCCUGCAGUGGCAAGGAAAGUGCUUGAACCUCCAGACGUGCCGAAACUGUACAGCUUUAUUCGACAGCUUCAAACUAGUGAAGACGUGGAAUCGUCACUAAGUGGGAUCUGCAAUCUGCUACGUGAUCCUGCUUGUAAAGAGCUACUGGAAUUAAUGCCGCAAGUUUUGAACGGUGCAAUGUGUGAACAGUUUGUCGAGGCGGCAAGAAGUCGUGGGCUCUCAGUAUGUGACAAAGCUCAACGGAGCGUUACGGAAGUGGAAUCGUCAGACAUGUCAACACUAUUCAAACGACUUCAGCAGAAAAGAAGAAAGACCCAUCAAGGCAAUGUUCCAACAGCAGCUGUCGUUAAAGAUCCGCAGUGUUUUGUAUGCUACGAUAUUGCACGGAAGGCAUAUGCGUCAUCGCAAUGCGGACAUAUCUGUUGCCAGCCCUGCUGGAAAAAGAUGGAGAAGGACGGAUUUACAUCCUGCCCAGUGUGCAAGGUGCCAAUCAAACUAAAAGAGCUGAGCUUGAUCCGAGCAGCAAAAACCCGGAUCAGACCUGCUCGUGUUGACGUGGACAGAAGAGACAACGACUCGUCACUUUAG